UUCUAGGUCUUCCUUCCAUUCUUCGUUUUCUCUUUUUGCUAAGAGAAAAAUCAACUUUAGUAGAAAAAAUGUCUAAUCUGCAGCUAAAAGAGGCAGCUCUUGUGUACCUUGAUAGAAGUGGAGGCCUUCAGAAAUUUAUAGAAGACUGCAAGCUCUACAAUGAUUCAAAACAAAGUUACGCUGUAUAUCGGUUCAAUAUUUCAAUAAAUCCUUCUGACAUCGUUGAAUUGGAUGCAGUUCUUGGAAAUUAUAUUUUACAUGAACCUUUGAAAGCUGCUCAACUUUUUCAAUCAGUUUGUUUUGUUGCUGUUAAAACUCUUAACUUAAUCGAACAAUUACAGACUGAAACUCAAAUUAAUAUAGUGCUGAAAUUAACACAUUUGCCUCUUCUGCCAAAUUAUGGGCUUGAUCUUUGUGAGUUUCCAUUUGAUUACCUGUCUCAGAGGUUUUAUAUGAUACAAGGAAUAAUAAUUGCAAUGACAACAGUAACUAAAUAUACACAAGGAGCAAGAUUCCUUUGUUCAGAUGAAACAUGCCCUCUUUCUGAAGGAUUUCGGUAUAUAAGAGUGCAUGUGCCUGGUGCCACAGAAUCUACAACAGUGAGAAGUGAUUUCUCCUGUAAUCUUUGUACUUCCCCACUUCGAGAAGACAGAAAAUUUAGAGUACUUGGUGAUAAACAGAUAGCUGAAAUAAUUACAACAAAGUCACUUACUGCUUUUCGAGGAUGUCCCAACAAUCAGCCAAUGAGAUUUCAGUCUCUUACAGUUUUCCUAAGAGAUGAAUUAAGCAAUAAAAUCAAAAUAGGAAGUGAAUAUAUAAUUGUUGGAAUUCCAACUUGUGUUAAAAACUCUUCACAAACCAUUGUUUGUAUAGAGGCCAACAGCAUAAAUUUGUACAGUCCAAAAGUGCCUUCUGGUAUUAGUGACAACUUCAGGUAUCUCCUGUCUUUUACUUCACACUCAUGCUGGAAAUUUACAGCCAUCCUAGCCAACAUUUUUGCAUCACAGAUCGUUCCUCCAGGGACUUACAACAUGUUAAAACUUUGUUUAUUGAUGAGUCUAGUACAGACAAAUGAUAGAAACAAGGAAGUUGAAGAUUGCCUGGACAUUUUAAUUGUAACAAGUGAUACAUUACUUGUAGACAGGCUUUUGAAUUUCUGUGUAUGUCUUGUGCCUCGAGGUAUACGUCAUCCAACAUCUAGUGAAAUUUUUCCUACUCUAUCCAGAGAUAAAUAUGGAACUGGAGUUGCUAGCAUUCAAGCUUGCAGUGCCUUACUAGCUAAAGAUGGUAUCUGCUACAUAGGAGAUUUGUUAUCACAUAGAAAAGAUAAACUUGAACUUCUUCAAUCUGUUUUAGAAAGCAGAAACAUUACAGUGUAUAUUCCUGGAAAGAAGUAUGGAGAUGGUGUUGAUCAGCAAGUUACUUUUUCAGUUCAAUCCAGUUUUUGGUCUUUUAUUGAUGUGGACUCAUCUUCAAAGAGACAUGUUCAUAGAAACAGCACUUUAAUUGGUCAAGUGGAUUUCAGUUUGAUUCCAGCUAACCUUAUGGAUGCAUUUGGAUUGUUGAUUUAUUGUAAUGAAUCAUCUCCUUGCCACCCAGUUCUUCCUUCUGUACAACAUAGUUUAAAAAAAGCCAUUGAUCCUGAAAAAGUGCUUUAUGAAACUUCUAAAAAGUUUACAGAACAAGAUUAUGAAAAGCUCAUUGCUUUUGCAAAGAAUCUACAUGUGGAGAUCAGUUUGGAGGCAGAAAAAAUGAUUCAUGGCUAUUAUCUAGCAAGUCGGAGAAUCAGAACAGAUUCUAUACAUGGAUCAAAGCUAUCGGCAUCAGCACUGAAAUGUUUAGUUUCUUUAUCUGAAGCACAUGCUAGGCUGAGUUUAAGGAAUAAGGUGCUUAAAGAAGAUGUCUUAAUUGCAGUUUUAUUAUUUGAAACAUCUCUGACACUGAAAUAUGGGGCUGCUGUAUUUUGUAUAGCUCCAAAUGCAUUAUUUCCAUUUGAUCUCUGUGACGAAGUGCAUUUAGAGGAAAGGGAUGCUUAUCUAAUUCAGUGCCAACAACAGCUUCAAGAAUUUAUUGAAGCAUAUGGACCAGGAUCAGUUAUUGCUACAAAUGAAGAGUAGUCUUGUUUGGUGAAAGUAUUUUUGGUUUAUUCUGGGAUUUGGUGGGGAAGGAGAGGGAAAGACUCUAAAUAAUGAUACUGUAUGUAAUGAUCAAAAUAUAGCAUGUAAUGACAAGGGCAUUACAAUUGACAAGUCAAAUGAAAAAGCAAAGUUACCACAUAUAACUCUGCAAGAGAAACAUUUCUGGAUAGUAUAACAGAGAAUGAAAGGGAUGAAAAUACAAAGUAGUGUUUUGUGAAAUGUUAUCAGAUUUUAAAAGUUGUAAUUUAUGAUCUCUACCACAAGAUGGAAACAUUUAAAUUGUGAAAUGAUUACACUUUGUAUUUACAUGAACAGGAGAAAAAUUCCUAAAGCUUAAAAUUUAUGGAAUUUUCAGGUACUGUUAGCUAAAGUACCAAAUAAAUGGAUUAAGAUCUUAGUUCUAGUUAGUCAUUAAAGUCUCAAAAAUAAUUCAUUAUGUAGAACCACCAGUUAAGACAAAAAUGUCAUUUAAAAACAUUAGGGCAUAUAACAAAAUUUAAAUCUCACCAUUAAAAGGGCUUCCAAAUAACUAAUUAUGGUUCCACCUAGAAAAACCAAAAUAAUGGUACCCUUAUUUUUUGGGAACCCUGACACAAGAUUUCACUGGCAGAAUUCUUUAAAAAUAUCUUUGUGGCUUCAAAGGCUAGUUUUCUAUGCAAGGGUAUGCAAUGUUCAGAUCUUUUGACAAUUUAAAUUCUCAUCUCAAUUCCUUUGAGCUUGAAUGACAAUACCAUAGAACUGUGCUUGCCCCCUUUAUGUGUUAGCUCUUCAGCUUUGCAAAGUUGAUUAUGUUGCACAAAUUAUUCUUUUUGUCUGUUGCUGUGCAUUUUGUUCUUAUGAACUUUUGUAAGCUUAAUUCCCAGAUUCAAUAAAAGAUUACUUUUGCACAAUUGUUGCAACAUUUUCUUUUCUCAAUAAUCAACUUACUUGAUAAGUGUUAAACUGUGGCUCAGAUUACAAGCUCCUUAACUUUUAAUAUGCUUUAUGAAGAUUUAUGGGAAUCAGAUCUUAGUGUUUAUGGGACGUUUUCAAAA